AUGAGCAAUCAAGCCGAAGAGGCGGAGACGCCCAUCCUCUGCGAGACGUGCCUAGGCCCCAAUCCGUACGUGAGGAUGAGCAAGCAGCCAAUGGGAAAGGAAUGCAAGAUCUGCGACCGACCAUUCACAGUGUUUCGAUGGAACCCUGGCUCUGGGAUGCGCUUCAAAAAGACGGAACUGUGCACGACGUGCGCCAAGAUCAAAAAUGUAUGCCAGACGUGUGUGCUCGACUUGCAGUAUGGCUUGCCGGUACAGGUCAGAGACACUGCCAUGGGCUUGCAGAAUCAGAUGCCGAGCGGGGAGAAGAACAAGCUGUACUAUGUCCAGCGAUUAGAGGCACAGGCAGCUGAACAAGGUGGCGAUCAGUCCUUGUUGCCCUCUUCCGGCCCAGCUUCUCGUGCCGGCUCAGAGUUGCUCAAGCAACUUUCUCGUCAGCGAGGGAAUCCAAUGGGGGCCGCGCCCAGCAGCAGUGCUGGUGGGACCUCUUCAUCAGAUCCGUACAGGAGGAACCGAUCGCACUUGUGCAGCUUUUACGCCAAGGGCAACUGCACGCGAGGUGAUGCCUGUCCUUUUCGUCACGAGUUGCCGGUGGAUAACGAGUUGAGCAAGCAAAACAUCAAAGACCGCUACCUCGGGCGCAAUGACCCGGUCGCCAAAAAGAUCUUGCGCACGCAAGCCGACGAAGCGGGCCUCGCACCACCAGAAGACAAGACUAUUACAUCGCUUUUCCUAUCGUCCCUGCCACCCACCGCUACCGAGGACUCUUUGCGGACAUACUUUGUGACGACGGUGCCCAAUCUAGCGCCCGAAAGCAUCAAGUCCAUCACCCACGUCCCCACGUCAAAGUGCGCCUUUGUCAAUUUCAAAAGGCGAGAAGAUGCGGAGAGCGCAGCUAUGCGCUGCGCAGUCAAGGUCUUGAUUGAUGGCAAAGAAGUGCGCGUUGCGUGGGGAAGAAGUCGAAAAAGCAAGUCCGGAGGCGGCAAGAAGAUCAGCGACGCGCCAGAGGAUGGACGAGACUUUGGACUUUAG